AUGAAGGGGUCGAAGGAAGUCUUAAGUGGCAUGAAGAAACAAAGCUUGUAUACCCUUGAGGCUGAAGUUGUCAGUGGUUCUGUAGAUGCUGCAUCCAUGAAACCUUUAUCGAAGAUAGAAAUUUGGCACAUGAGAUUGGGCUAUGUCAGAGAAAGGGAUUUGGUCGAAUUGGGGAAACAAAAUCUACUUGGUGGAGACAAAGUCGAAAAGCUAAAGUUUUGUGAACCCUGUGUACUUGGAAAGUCUUGCAGAGUGAAGUUCAAUAAAGGAAAACAAAGAACUUAUGAAUCCCUUGAUUACAUCCAUGCUGAUCUUUGGGGGCCUGCGAGGUGUCCAUCACAUUCAUGA